AUGGAUCCUGACCCGAUCCGUGGUCUUCUCCGCGAGAACGCCGCAUACUGGUGGCGCGCUCCCGCCUCUUCCCUCGCCUGCCCGCUUGCUGCUAUAUCCACGCUGGCCGGCGGCUUCUACGCUGAAUCUGCCUCUCCUUCUCUUCUUCUGGCUUAUCGGAAGAAGAUGGUCUCUACUGGAUCAUGUUAUUCGGUCAAUAAGAUGCCCAAUAACACCAACGAGGGAGCAGGUGUGAAGGAAAAACAAGCUUUUAGGGACGUCAGACGAUACUAUUGUCAAUAUUGUGGUAUUUGUAGGUCAAAGAAAAAUCUUAUUAGGUCGCACAUCGUUGCCAGUCAUAAGUUUGAAUUGGAAGAGACACAAUCUGAUGAAGUUCAAGGCAUAAACAAGGUGGACUGUGUAAUGCAACAUGCAUGCCAGGAGUGUGGUGCAUCCUUCCGCAAACCAGCACAUAUGAAGCAGCAUAUGCUGAGCCACUGCAUUGAGGUAUAAGAGUUGGGCUAUUGAAACAUGUUUGAUUUUGUGUGAAGCACUGGAUCCCAUGCGACAAACUCCAAAAUGCAAAGAGGCUCCAUAGAAUCUUGAAUGGACUAGUAUCAGGAUGGAGGACCUCCUGUGAAGCUCCAUCAAGAAAGCCUCAAUCAGGCAUUUUAAUGAGAGACCUUUUUCCUGCCCGGUGGAUGAUUGCCAUGCUAGUUAUAGAAGAAAGGACCAAUUGACUCGCCACUCAUUGACGCACCAAG